AUGUGGGCCCACUAUGCUGCCGCCCCCGACGCCCUUGAUCGGGGUGGAAGGGGAUUCGCCAACAAGGCUGAGCGUGUCAAGGCCGAGUUGUGGGAUUUCUUUAGAUGCGAGCCAGGAUACGAGGCCAAGGCAGAUGUUGUGGCUGACAAAGCUGCCAAGAAACUCGUCAUGGACAUGCACUAUGAGGCGCGCGUCCAAGCCGUGAUCCAAUUCCACGCGGAACACCUUGGAGAGAGAAUCACUAAAAGGGACACUAGAACCAUGAAGCUGACCCGAGAACAAUACCUGCAGGGGUCGUUUUGCACUCUUCCGUUCAUGUUUAAAGGCACAGGAACGCUGGGCGUAUUGGAGAUUCAUCACUUUGGCUACCUACCUUCCAGGUCCAGCUGGCAACGGAUCAAUCGUCGCGGGGUCUUUCUUGGUGGUUCUCCUUUUGACAGUACAGUUUAUGAAGGUAUGGCUGGAGGAAGUGCCGGAAAGGAUACAGUGGAUGGAAUAACAAAGAGAAUAUCAGCUUUGCAAAAAGAAAGUUCCCGUUUAUAUGGCUUUAGAACGGCAGUCAAGGAAGUAAAUGAGAAGAAACAAGUUUAUCUGGAAACAGUCGGCGGGUUCAUCCAAGGUUUCCGGUUUAGCUAUGAGGAAGGAGAUAAAAUUUCUCAUGGGUCGCUGAUUCUGGAGUCUCGUUCAGAUGAGCUCAUUGAGCAUGAAGCUACAUUUCUUCUUCUACCAAAGGAUCAAGAUGGGAAGGGAGCUGCAGAGAGAAUAUUCCAAAGCACUCAUAAAGUGAAAGGUUCUGCUGCAAUAGCUAGUGCUCAUCUAAUUGCUGAAUGUGAAGAGCUAGAUACAUGGAUCGUCUGCUACGAAAAACUCGAAUGCCUUUUGCAACAUAAGGACUUGCCACCAUUUUAUGAACAGAAUAACGAGAUUUCAGGCUAUUGGAAAAAUCAACUAAGGGCUAUCAUUACUACCUUGUCAGACAUGGGGAUAAGAGAUUUAUAUCAUGGUGGCAUGGCAAAUUCUGCAAGCUAUGCUAUUCAAUCAUCUAUGAACAUCAAAUUAAUUGGUAUCAGUAAAGAGCCAAAUGACAAGAAAAAAUUCUUCUUUAACGAUCUUGAAGAUUUUGACAAGUUUUUAUGUGGGGCUGCAUAUAUUAAUGCUAGUUCAGGCUGUGAUUGGCAGGGGUUCAGUUAUUUGAUAAAUUCACAUGCCAUGUGCCAAAAGUACACAUGGGCUCAAGCGGUACUUAAUCAUCCAAUACUUCUUGAUCCUGCUCUGAGGAUUCAGUCUUAUAUAGCUCUGUAUGAGUGGGCAGACUCACUGCCCUUUGGUGUCCUAAAGAAAUUCUGCAAUGAUCUUUAUUGCCUGAUGCCUCAAUAUUAUGGAGAUAAUUUAUGGAAUCUUAUCAAGAAGUGUCCCGCUUGUUGUCAGAUAUAUUCCAAUGGCACUUAUACUGGAUUUAUCUAUAAGAAUAUCAUCAAAUUUGUGAGAAACAUGAUUGACCAUGGACAUGCAGACUUUGCGGCAAUCAAUAAUGGGAGUUGGACUGACAUGGAUCUUUACAAUAAAAUAAAUGAUCUUUUUGCCGGUUUCAUGAGCCUGGCAUAUUCAGUUUCGAAAGCUACCGCCAAGGAUAGGGAUUUGCUGCGCAAGGGAGUACAACGUCUCCCAUAUUAAUAAUUGCAUAAAGUCCUGGGAGAUGUGUGAAGAGGAAGGCUACUUCAGAACUGAAACUCACUCCAUGUGUGCUAGACCUGAAGUAUACUUGCACUGGUGGCAAUUGUUGGAACUUAGAAGCGGACUCUGUUAAUUCCUCCAUUAAUAGUUGCAAUGUAUUAAUAGCAUAGACAUAUGCCCUAUGCUUUGUUUGAACUAUAGGGAGAAUGUAGUACUCUGUACUUAUGUGUUCUAUAUGAAACUCUAGCGUUUAUUUGACACUGGUUAGGGAGAACGUGGUACUCCUAUGUGCUUUCUAUGAACUCUGCGAGGAAGUAUUUAACUCUCAUAAUGCUUUGUGAGAUGAGCUAUAGGGAAGGAAGAGUGUACUAUAAUGCUCCAUUGAUCUUUAUGAAAUGUGUGGCUGUUUGUUUA